AUGACUCGGUACGGGGGCCUGGGCCGGACGCGCCCCAAAAAGCUCACCUCAAAGGCCUCAAUCCCCAUUGUCCGCGAGGAUGAGAUCGAUGUGCUAGAUGAUGAGCUUCAGGCAAGCCUACAACAGAUUGAAACCGGCGUGGAAAAGGCCGAGGAGUCCGAAUUCCAUUUGCAAGUUGCCAUCAACCUCACUGCCCAGGGCAAGGUUAAUGACGCGCACAUCCCUACCCCGGAAACCAUCCUGAGUAAUCUGCGAUAUGACGAACUAUAUCCGCCCCAUUUCUCGCAGCCCGCGACAUAUAUCAGGUUCUCCUCAACUGUCGAGGACUGUUGUGGAUGCCCGUAUAAUAUGACGGAGGAGGAUGAUGUCUUUCUGAAGAUCUUCAACUCCAAGCGUGACCCGUCGCAGCAAUGCUCCGAAGAUGACUUUGAGGCCACCAUGAACUUUUUCGAGGAGACUGCGCAAACCAAGCAGCCAUAUGCGGCCGUGGAUAACCCACCGGUGCUGUCGUUCGCAGACAUGGAAGAGGCUAUGGACGCCGCCGUAGAGGAAAGCGUAAAGCGAUUCGCCAAAGACAUCUAUGAGCACUGGAAGUUGCGCCGAAUUGAGACGGACAAUCACACGAUAGCACCAAGCCUCAAGUUUGAGACCGGUCAAGAUACCGAUGACAGUGACCCGUAUGUCUGUUUCCGUCGGCGUGAGGUUCGCCAGAUUCGCAAGACUCGUGGCCGAGAUGCCCAGAGUGCCGAGAAGCUUCGGCGCCUUCGUAAAGAACUUGAAGAUGCACGGCAAAUUGUUGCGCUGGUGCGCCAGCGCGAAGUUGCUCGCAAGGAGAUGAUAGCGAUGGAGCGGAAGCUCUUCAUCGAACGCGCAGAGGUCCGGGAUAUGAAGCGCAAGCUGAACAUCAAGGACGACGACGAAGACCUCAUCAACCAGAAGGUAAUCGAUGCCAGCCCGAACUUAUCCAUUGAGUAUGAACUGACUCGUUUCCCACAGCCCAAAAAGAAGCCCGAAUUCCAACCGGGUCGUCCCAACGCUCCUCAACUUCGUCUGCCUCUCAAGCCUGGUCUCCAGGGCGCAGAGGAUCUGCAGUUGCUGGAGGAUGUCCAGACCGAAAAGGAGAACGAAAUUUUGCGCGACAUCAAGGCGAACAUCACCAAGCAUAUCAAGUGGAACGAGGGCUAUGUGGAUCUCACACGAGCACCUCUCUCUCCAUCCCCAGAGCGAACAUUCGAUACAGGAGCGUUCCGACCCGCGUUCACAGCGCAACUCCCCACUCCUCCAUCGUCAGAGUCGUCUGGCGAUAUGAGGGACACCGCCUUAGACGUGACAAGCCCACUCCACUCGCGUGACAAACUCGCCUCGCGAGCCCUAGAGUUACACGGCGAGCCUCACCGCAUGCCCUCAUUCCGGCGGCGUGUGGGCCGUGGAGGCAGGCUGCUUAUCGAUCGCCGCAAUCUGGUAUCGCGCUGUAAAACCGAGCUGGAUCCGCUCAGAGCGGACCGAUUCAAGUUCGACCAGGAAGAUUCCGACGACGAGCCUGUCUAUGAAACGGAUCCAUUCAGCAUCCAGAUCAUGCAGCACCGGGCCAUCACUGUGGCCAAGGUGCGCGAACAAGCCGCUGUGGCUGCCCAAGCUCAUGCGCAGGCGCAAGCUCAAGCAGCCCAGGCUCGACGAUUGCAGGUUGAUCAACCCGGGUCGCAAAAUCUCGGUCCCAGUGCCGUUGCCGCGUCCGAGGCCUGA